AUGACAAAGCUGGUUUCGUGGAUAUGCAGUCUGGUGCUCCUGGGGUCCACUUGGGCCGCCUUGAUCAUGGGCCUUACCUUGGGCCUGGAGCUACACUUCACCUGCCAGGAGGUCCUGUGGCCACUGUCCGCCUAUUUGAUUGUGACUACUGGCUGCUUUGCCCUGGGCACUGUGGGUUUUCACGUGGCCACUUUCCAUGACUAUGAGGACAAGGCUCUGGAGCUGCAGACUCAGAUCCAGGAGGCCCCAGUUGAUUUAGUCCGCAGGGGCUUGCGUUUCUAA